AUGGGGUAAGACCUGGAACUCCUUCAUUUAGGAUCCAGAGAUCCUGGAUCAGAACCGGACCCGUGGUUAUUUUAGUUCUGGGUUUAAUCUGAAAGAAAAACUCGGAUCAUGUCCUGGUUAAAGGUUCUGAUCGGGUCUCUGUUGGUCCAGAACUUGUGUGUUCUUUAAAGUCCGUUAAACCUGGACCUGCUGAUAGAGAACUUUGGUUCUUCUGGUUUUAGAUUUUCUUUAUUCGGGUCUGGAUGGUUUCUGGAGCGGCAUCAUCACCGUUCUGAGAUAUUUUCCCAUCAGGCUUUUGGGCGCGGUCUCACUCUCUCCUUAAAAGAGUUCAGUCAAACACUUAAACAUGCUUUUAUUGUUUUUAUUCCUGGUUGUUCUCAGAGGUUUGAUGCUCUGCUGCGCUCCCUCAGGUGUCGAGAAAAUAAAGAUGAUGGUGAUUGUGUCUCAAACUUCGGCAGAAAAAACAUCUAAAAAUAAAUAAAUUAACAAACAAAGAGUCUGAAAAGUUAAAAAGCUUUUUAGAGAUUUUUUUAGGAUCUGUUUCAGUUUUUUUUUUUAAUGAAAAGGUAAAAAUGAAAAAAAAGUGAACUCUGUGUUUCAGUCCGACCCUUUUUUUUAACUGUGUUGUUCGGUCGUUUUUUUUAAUGAACUUUAAGGGGUAAAAUAAAAAACGGUUUAAAUUUGUAAAAGUUCACUCACUGAUUUCUCCGUGUCGUUCAGUCUGGGACGUUUUUACUGAUUUUAAAUUCACACUUUCAUUCAGUCUGAGUGAAACGUUAGUCUUUUUUACAGUGAGCUGAGUCAGCGUGUGUCUGUGUUAAAAAUGUUUAUUUCAAUUUAUUUCAUUUUAUUUUAUUUUAGUUUCAGACCCGUCAUGAUUUGAUCCUCUCAUAUGAAGUCAUGCUGCUUCUCUGAUACUCAGUAAAAUCAAUUUUUUUGUUUUUUUUCAUGUUUUGUCUCUCUUUUUUUUUUAAAUUUGGUUCCUCAACGUUUUUUUACGUGUUUGGAAGAAUUUCUUGGUUCUGAUCCGUCGAGUUCUUUCAGUGUUUGUUGUUGAUGAGCUGAUUUUAAGUUUAAAAGUUCAUGUUUUUAUUUAUUUUUAACUCUUUUUAAAGCUCUUUGGGUUUCACUUGGUUGGACCUCGGUCUCAGCUGGUCCGGUCCAGGUCCAAUUCCAGCCUGUGGCCAUCAUAAAACAGAGAUUAGAGCUGCAACAGAGGCUGGAAUCGAACCCGGACCGUCCACUUGAGGACCAUGGCCUCAGAACACAGGACCACCUGACACGCAUCAGGGUCAAAUGUGGGGUUCAACAUGUGGCUGGGGUCCCUAAAGGGGACACAUCAUGCACCAUUGAGGUCAUGAGAUAAACGUUCCUCUGAGAAAGACUCGAACUUUCAGAUGAACAAAGAAACGCAGAUUUACUGUGCAAACAUCAUAAAGGCUCGUUUAUCUAUCAGAACGUGUUGAUGAUGAACAGAACCAGAACCAGAACCAGUUUUGUUAUGAUGAUUAUGGUCGGGGUUCUCUGAUGUUGUUGUUCUGAUGAUGACAGAUGUUUCUACAAACAGGUGGGAUUUUUCUCAGAAACACACUCAUCUCUCUGAACUCAUGAACUCUUCUCAUUCUCAUGAUGAGAAUCAUCAGGAACCUCCUGAAUGAGGUUCUGUGUCCUCGCUCUGAGCCGCUCUGUCUCUCACAGUCAGAAAACAAAAUGGCGUCUGGGUUCCUCCUAGUGUGGAGAAGCGGAUUUUCACGCUGGUUUGAAGUGAACAGUCGUGAUCUUUGUGGAGGAGCAGCAGCUGACUGCCUCAUGUUCAGAGCAGCGACAGAGUCACGUUGAGUCCGAACUCUGAAAUCUUCUCUGUUUGUUUCUCUGCAGCUUCGGAGAAGGAGACAUGACUGAUCAACAAGAGGUGAGGAGCCGGGAGGUCCAAAUACACGGAGCCGAGUCAACAUCUGAACCAGGGAGACAACAUCUAACAUAGAAAUACAACAUCUGACCCAGGGACAUGACAUCUAACAUAGAGAUACAAUAUCUAACACAGAGAUACAACAUCUGACAUAGAGAUACAACGUAGCGAUACAACAUCUGAACCAGGGAGACAACAUCUAGCAUAGAAAUACAACACAGAUACAACAUUUAACAUACAAAUACAACAUCUAACAUAGUGAUAGAAUAUCUGAACCAGGGAGACAACAUCUGACAUAGAGAUACAACAUCUAACACAGAGAUAAAAACAUCUGAACCAAAGACACAACAUCUGACAUACAGAUACAACAUCUGUUCCCAGGAGACAACAUCUAACAUAGAAAUAUAAACAUCUGAACCAGGGAGACAACAUCUAACAUUGAGAUACAACAUCUAACAUAGAAAUACAACAUCUUACAUAGUGAUACAACGUCUAAACCAGGGAGACAACAUCUGACAUAGAGAUACAACAUCUAACAUAGAGAUAAAAAUAUCUGAACCAAAGACACAACAUCUGACAUAGAGAUACAACAUCUGUACCCAGGAGACAACAUUUAACAUAGAAAUAUAAACAUCUGAACCUGGGAGACACCAUGUAACACAGAGAUACAACAUCUAACAUAGAAAUACAAUAUAGAGACACAACAUCUGAACCAGGGAUACAACAUCUGACAUAGAAAUAUAAACAUCUGCUAUAGAAAUACAACAUCUGAACCCAGGACACAACAUCUAAAAUAGAAAUAAAAACAUCAGACUGUAAAAAACUACCACGACCAUCACCAUCUCAGUAAAAACCACAAUAUCUGGAUGUUAAAUAGAUAAAAAACUACAACUCCCUUCAGUACCAGUUACAUCAGGAUACAAACCAGAAAAAAGAAUUGGAACCAGUAACAUUUGUUUUAAAGAACAGGUCCAAUCAGGGAAAUCAGAACCAGCAGUGUGGGUUUUUACAGUCUUUUUUUGUUGUUUCAGAACAGCGCCAUGCUGAGAGUUUCCCGCCUUCCUCUGGUCCGCUCGGCUCUACAGACAAUGACAUCAGCAUAUUCAGAGGUCAAAGGUCGAUACCCUCUGCUGCGUCUGAUGGGAGGUGUGGCUGAGGUCAGCGUCCGCAGCAUCUCGAACGUGGCCAUGACACAGGCCACGCCCCUCCUACAGACCCUGGAGCCACAGAGUAUGUGCUUGAAAUAACGCUAACAUGCUAAUAUCAAUACUGGAUGCUGAUUGGCUGAUUGUGUCUUUGUGUUCCUCUGCAGUUGAAGUUGCGAACAACUUUGCUCUGGUUGGUCUGGACCGUCUGGAGAGAAACUUCCCGAUCCUGAACCAAUCAACAGACGAGGUUUGUUUUGUCCCUGAUUGGUCUACAGUAGGGGCUCUAAUCUGAUGUUAGUAAAAGUCUAUUCUGUUUAAGCAUUGUCUCCGCCCCCUCAGGUGAUGGGACACUUGAAGGAUGCCUUCUUCCUGACGCUGGAUGACGUGCAGGUGUGGAUGGUGGACGGGCUGGACGUGGCGCUGGAUCAGCUGGAGCGUCUGUCAGACGCGGCGUGGACAGCGGUCCGGGUGCUGCAGGACAGUCAGGUGGGCCGGGCCGCCACCUCAGGACUGGAUGACAUGCUGAGCCGACUGGAGGAUGCCACCGCCUACUACCUGCCCCUCCCCGCCACACUGCGUAAGUACAGAUGCAUGCUGGGUAACUGAGUCUAGAGGAAAAAGGACGUUUCUGACAGUCAAGGUUUCUGCCUCCUCUUUACCAUAAAUACUGUGGUACUGGAAAUACUGCAGUACUGUAAAAACUGCAGUUCCAUAAAUACUGUAGUACUGUAAAUACUGCAGUACUGUAAAUACUGCAGUUCCAUAUUUACUACUGUAAAUACUGCAGUACAGUCAAUACUGCAGUACUGCACAUACUGUAGUACUGCACAGUAAAUACUGCAGUACUGUAAAUACUGCAGUUCCAUAAAUACUCUAGUACUGGAAAUAUUGCAGUACAGUUAAUACUGAAGUACUGUACAUACUGUAGUACUGCACAGUAAAUACUGCAGUACUGUAAAUACUGAAGAACAAUAAAUACUGAAGUACUGGAAAUACAGUAGUACUGGAAAUACGGUAGUACUGGAAAGAACUGUAGUAAAGUAUAUACUGAAGUACCAUAAAUACUGCAGUACAGUAAAUACUAAAGUACAGUAAAGACUGCACUGCUGUAAAUACUGAAGUACCGUAAGUACUGUAGUACUGUAAAUUCUGCAGUAUUGUAAUUACUGUAGUACUUUGAAGUGGGUCAGAACUGUCCCAUCUGAAGGUCGGGUCUUUGUAACACGUCAACUUCAUUCUGGUCCCGACCCGAUCUUAGUAAAGAAUCUUAGUAAAAUGGCAGUUAUAUAAAUAAAGAUUGAUUGAUCGAUUUCUUGUGCUUCAGUUAGCUGCUUUAGAGUGUCAGGUAAUAAAUAAAUAAGUCAAUAAGAAAAUGAAUCAAUAAAUAAGUGUAAUGAAUAAAGCAGAGUCAAGAACAAAAAGAUCUGAACUCAAACUUGAACAGCUGUCUCAGUUUUAAAGGGUUAAAAACGGUCAGAAUCAAGAAGUCUUAGUACACAGAGGUUGUAACUGUUAGAGCUGACCAGCAGGGGGAGCCGUCAGUCCUUCUGUUCACACAGAGAGUCUGGAGGAACAGGGUUCAGUUUUCCUGAAUUUAUUUUUUAUUUUGUUCAUAUCCUCUCUCAGACAUAACUGAAGUAUUUUCAUGUUUUAUUUUCCUUCAAUGCAGUAAAAGCUGCUGCAGGUCUUUUAUUUUGAAAAUCCUCAAACUUGUUCAGACAUUUAUUUCAGCGUGUGUACUUCCUGUCCCUCUGUGUCUCAGGUCGAGAGUGGGAGAUGAGGGUGCAGGAGUAUGAGGAUGAAGAUGACGAUGACGAACCCAGCCUGUGGACCCGGGUUCGAAGCCUCCUGCUCAGUCUCAACCUGCAGCUCUACCAUCGCAUGACCAAGGUGAGAGAGCAGCUGUGGAGGUCAGCCAUGACGCUCGGGGGUGCCGCCAACACGGUAAGACUGCCAACGUGACGUCAGCGUGUGUACUUCCUGUCAGUGAGUUUGUAUCAUGAAGUGUUUUUUCAGACUAGAGUCACUGAAAAUACAUCCAACAUUCAUCCAACAUUAUUCCAACAUUUAACCAUCAUUUAUCCGACAUCUAACCUACAUUCAUCCAACAUUUAUCCGACAGUCAUCCAACAUUCAUCCAACAUCUAACCAACAUUCAUCCAACAUCUAACCAACAUUUGACAAACAUUCAUCCAACAUUAGACCAACCUUUAUCAAACAUUCAUCCAACAUUCAUCUAAAAUUCAUCCAACAUUCAUCCAACAUUUGACCAACAUUCAUUAAACAUUUAUCCAACAUUCAUCCAAAACUUAACCAACAUUUAUCCAACAUUCAUCAAUAUUUAUCCAACAUUUGACCAACAUUUAUCCAACAUUCAUCCAACAUUUGACCAACUGUUUGGUCUAAAACCUGCAACAAAUGACUGAAAACACACAAAGAAGAGAAAGACAAUGGUUUUAGAUUUCUUACUCGAGAGGAGAAUGGGCAGAGAUAGUUUCAGUUACAAUCUCAAAACCAUUCUGAAGGUAUCUCUGUCCAGUCUCUUUUUAUUUAGGGUUGUCCCUGGUUACACAACGCUGCAUACACUAAAGGAUGGGGGAAACUAUCUGCAGCAGCGUAAGCACUCUCAUAAAACAUAAUGAACAACAGAAAAUAUGCGAGGGUCAAGGCGACAUUGUUGACAUUAAACGAGCUCCUUCUGAUAGAAGCGGAUCCUCCUUAUUACUUCCCACGAUUCACAGUGGAGGUUACAACGCACACAUACCUGCUGAUAGAAGAAACAAGGUCAGAGAAGUUAGGAAACACUCAUAUGUGAUGUGUAACAAGAUGUUAAAACAGUUCAUAGUUGUAGCAAACUCUUAAAUGAGAAUUGGAGUAAGAUGAUAACUUCUAUAUACAUUUAUACACAUUAUUCUGACAUUUCCCUCCUGUUUAUCAUUACUUUGCUCAAAUUCUCAUAAUCCCUCUAGUUCAGCCACUUCUCUAGAUUUUCAGCUGCGAGUUCAUGUUUUGUGACUACAAAGAAUUUCCACAUGGAGGUACAAGAUGUUGCUUUAGUCAGAAUCAUACUCAUCAUCAGGAUUGGGGCACAGGUCAGGCCAUUAAGUGUCAUCAAGUCUGUCCUCCUCGUCCUGCUGUUGGAGCAGCGGGUACAACUCCUGCAUCUGCUGCUCCACAGGGGACAACACUGUUGUGAUAAGGCGGUUAAGAAGAGAACGAAUACAGGGAAUACAACAACAUCCACACAAGGUCAAAAAUAGCUGCAAAAACAGCAACAGAGAUUAGAACUGAAGCAACAAGAUUUCUGUAUUUUCCGAAGACAUUCAUCCAAUCUUCCAAAAAGGAGUUAUCUAUUCCUGAGUGGUCUUUCAUUUUGCCGUUAAGCGUUUUUAGGCCCUCUAUGGCUCGAGUGAGGCUGCCAUCGGCAGCAGUGUUAUUAGGAAUGAACGUGCAACACGUUUUUCCAAACAUGGCACAUACACCUCCUUUUUCUGCGAGCAGCAUGUCAAGGGCUGUACGGUUUUGGAAAGCCAUCAGGGAUGUUGCAGAUAACUGCAAGUGAACGGCUUGAAAACCAGCCUCAGUCCAAUUACCUAGCUUUUGAACAUUGAAAUGGAUGUAGUUGAUUCGAUCUAUAUUUUUGUUCAUUGUACACCAAGGACCGACGAGAGACUCAAAGCCUGCAGCAACUUGAUUUACCAGUUUAUACUCAUCUGGUACCUCACGAGGAACUAUCAAUAUAAGUCGGAUCUGAUUCUGUUUGCUAGUUUCUUUUUACUCUGAAGUGGCUCAACAAAGGAAUAAGACUAACUGCAGAGGUUAAAUUUGUCACAUUGGUCUGGAAAGUUACAACAGUUAGGAUCAAGGUCACUAAGGCCCUAUUAUCAGUCUGCUGUCAUUCAGGUACAGCUACGGAACCACGUACAGGUUUGUUAUGGCUAGGGACAUCCUAGUACAGACAUAGAAGUUUGACUGAUUCUUCGUCUUUGCUAGAUAUUUUGCAUAUCUGUACCACAUGUUCACUUCAAAUGAGUUUUUGUAGUCUGUCACUUUCAUUAGCCACUCUAUCUCCACAUCUGGUCUGUUGCUGUCACUUCUCUUUCCUUCCUUAAGUUCAUCUGAAGUUGUAAAUAAUGUUUUCAGUAGGUAAAUUAACAGUAUCAGGUUUAGCAGAAGUAAGAUACUUAACUUCCCCAUUAUCCUAAGCUCCUAAGGAAUUCAAGACCAUCUAAUCUUCACUGACACUGAGACGAAUGCCCACUAUAAGGACGCCCCCCUUUGAAGUCAGACUUUCCUAACUAAAACCCAUAUAGGUUUUUUUUUUUUUUUGCAAUGGGAAAGAUGUAUCCAACUACUUCUUUGUGCUAUUUUUACUGCUGUGGGUGUCGUUAGCAGGACCUUUUUAUUUUUUUUAUUUUUAUUGAGUGAGAUUGCGAAGCAUUCCCACUAUAUGUUAUUCAUAUCUUUAUUAUUAUUAUUCUUCCACCGUUUUUUGGACCGCUACUCCUUCCACAUACUUCAACGUAUUCAAACCAUUCAAACUUCAAAAUAUUCAUCUCAUUGAGGAGAUUCCGGCUUCUAUUCAAAAUUUUCCUAACAUUCAUACUAUCCGAGAUAUUCCAGGUUUUCCGACCAAUUUCUCCCAUUAGAAAUGCAUUUUGGAAUUUUCAAAUUGGCCCUUUUCUCACAUUUUCUUUACACAACUUCAAAAGCCUUCAACUAUUCUCUACUUCCAGAUUAUGAUCAUUUUAUUCAAUUUUUUCAAACUAAUUCCAACUCAUUUUCUAAAUCUUCAAAUCUCAUAUCUUUCACAUAUUUUUGAGCUUCAGCCAUUCACAAUAGCAGCUUAGCGAUGGCAAUUUCAGCUGGAGCAAUCCCACUCGCAAUUUCUUCAGAAAUUGCAUUUUCUAGUUAUUAUUUAUUUAUUUAUUUAUUUAUUUAAUUUACAAAAUGAGUUCCAUUGUCACUGUAGAUUCGUUUAAGAAUGCCGAAUCGAGGAAUUAUUUCUCUACACUAGAUUUUCGCUACUGUUAAUGCAUCUGGGUGGGUGACAGGAAAUAAUUCUAUCCAUUUAGUGAAAGGAUCUAUUAACACUGAACAGUAUUUCUUUCUCUCACACUGAUUUAAUUCUAUGAAGUCCAUGUCAUGUGUAUGGCUUCAAAUGAUGCAUUGGUUGGUGGAAAUUUGGCCUCUUUUUGGUUUUAUAUUGCCUUGAUUAUUAUGUCUAGCACAAACUGAACAAAUCAAACAAAAUUUUUUUUGAAUAAUUUAUGAAUCAAUAGGGGGUAAAGUGUUGAUUAACUACUACACUCAUCCCUCCUGUCGAGACAUGGAAAGGCCCAUGACUCGCUAUUGCUGCCUCUAAAGCUCUGUUUGCUGAUCUGACAAAAAUCUUUUGUUUGGAAAACUUAAUCUGUGGUAGUUUAUGUCUAAGAACUGUUUUCUUUGCACCGGAGUCACACAAAAAGGUUACAGGUAAACCAUGAAUCAUUAACUAUAUCUGCGGUUUUGUGUCUGCAUAAUGUAUUCCUUCUCCAACAGACUGUUGCAGCUCCGCUGUCGAAGGGACAGAUACAGGAAAUCUUUCCUGCCACAAGUUAUUGCACUGUUCAAUAACUCAGAUAUGUCAGACAGGGACUCACACCUGUCUGCUGUAUAGUCCAUUUUUAAAAACUCCUACCACAUCACAUUACCGAGCACCUUAAAUUGUCUGUAUAUCUAUCAUCCCAUCUGUAAUAUUUCGCAUUUCAUAUUUAUUAUUCAUUUCAUAUUUAUUACUCAUUUCAAUAGCCCACAUUCUUCAUAUCUCACUUUUAUCUCUUAGGAUGUUUAGUAUAUUUAGCCUGUAUUUAUUGUAUAUACUUGGUAUUUUUUAUUAUUUUUAGUCUGCAUUGUACUUACUUCUUCUUAUAUCUAAUUUUAUUUUGUAUUUUCUUUUUGCUGCUGUAACAAGAGAAUUUCCCAGUUUGGGAUCAAUAAAGUAUAUCUAUCUAUCUAUCUAUCUAUCUAUCUAUCUAUCUAUCUAUCUAUCUAUCUAUAUAAAAAUAUAUAUAUAUCUUUAUCUCCUCCAAGUUUAGCACUUCUUCCUCCUCUGUUUCUUCUCUGUUCACACUUUCUCUUCAUUUCUGUCGAAUAACACUUGCUGUCUCUCCCUCUUCUAGUCAUGCUUGAUACUUUUUUCUACAGCUCUUCACCUAGUGACCAAAAGCUCUGCAAUUCUCUGAUGUUGUGGUUCAUGACCUCGGUCAGGGUACUGUUCUUCACCUCUCUGCUCUUGCGAUUCAUAACCUUUGUCAAAAUUUCUACUUCUUCUAUCGUUUUCUCUAUUGAAAUUCCUGCCUCUGAACCUGCUUCUUUCUCGUUCUCCCUGUCAUAGUCAUCAAAUGGUUUAUCAUCUCUCCUAUUGUCCCAUAGUUGUCCUAUUUAUCUCAUGUAGUAUGAAAUUCAUUGUCACAAUUGGAGUUAAUCUUACGUUAAAUAGCAUUAUAGGGAGGGCUUUAAUUCCAAGUUAGCUUUGGUGUUCUCUGCACUUUACUAUGGUUACUUCUUUAAGUUCCAAUAAGGUAUAAUAUCAAUCAGUUGGUUCAAAUGUUUAACAGGGAUGCCAGCUGAGGUCAGGAAACCUCCAGCGACACGUCUACAUGUACAACUUACACUUCAUAGACUGUAACAGUUUAGUCACAGUUUUGUCUUUUGAUAGCUACAUGCUUCUGCAUAGGGAGGGAUUCUUUGGCUGCUGUGUCUCUGGAGGAGUCAAGGUCGUAACUGGCCUUUGAUGAAUCAUUUCAUCAUUUGUGCAGAGAACAGCGACUGUACAGAGAAUUUAACUUGCUAAAAAUUUGCAGUAUGCAUUAAACCUUUCGGCCUUUUUAACUGCCUUUUCUACCUUUAUUUUAGCAUUAUUAUCGGUAUUAUUAUUAUUAUAAUUAUUAUUAUUAAAGUUGUCUUUACUAAUAGCUUUUUUGUUUAUGGAGACAUGUAGUUUAUUUAAUUGGCUUGUUCUUAGGCUGCCGUCAAACCCAAAUUUGAUUACCCAUAAUUUGAGAAAUUGUAACUUUUCGGGCUUUUUCUCAAAGAUUCUCCAAUCUUGACAUUUUAGUUCUUACUGGCUUCCGUCCAAUUUUUUAUGUGUUUUAGUCCAGCUUAGGGGACACCUAGGGUGUCCUAUUAAGCUGGGUUCUUUCAAUGGAGUAGUGAUAAAAAUUCCUUAUGUGGUAAUUCUCGCUUCUACUCUUGCGAGUGGAGAAUUCUUGCCUUUGCUUCCACAAUAAGGUCACUACUUACAAUCCCACUGUUUAGGUAUGAAUAGGAUAUAUCUAGUGAUAUAUCUCUAUUCCAAUCACUCUCACACUUUCACAAUCACACUUUUAACAUGUGUUUUGCUUUACAGAAUUUAAACUUUUCCAAUUAGGCCUUUGUCCACGGCUUUAUAGGACCUGCGCGUCAUUUAUCCACAUCUUUACAGGACCCGCGCGUCCUUUGAUUGAAACUUUCCCAAUUAGGCCUUUGUCCAUGGCUUUGUAGGACCCGCGCAUCCUUUGUCCACGGCUUUAUAGGACCCGCGUGUCCUUUGUCCACGGCUUUGUAGGACCCGCGCGUCCUUUGUCCAUGGUUUUACAGGACCUGUGCGUCCUUUUUGGUCUUUUAUAGAGUCUCUACACGGAGCGAAUCUCAAUCAUUCCACGUUUCUUUUUAUAAAAGACCAACUCACCACUUGUCUUUCCCCUUUUCUUCGGAUUUCCAUCAACCGUCGGAUCCCAGCAGGCGGGUCGAGUCCAGUUCCUCAAAGAGGUCUUUAAGACUCAACCUAGAGAGUCUGCCGUGGCCACGGUCUUAUCUGUCGUCCACCUCGCCUGCUGGAAUCGUCAGGUCUAUUGGAAUACGGCUCGAAGGACCAAGAAAAUGUUGGGUCUAAAACCUGCAACAAAUGACUGAAAACACACAAAGAAGAGAAAGACAAUGGUUUUAGAUUUCUUACUCGCGAGGAGAAUGGGCAGAGAUAGUUUCAGUUACAAUCUCAAAACCAUUCUGAAGGUAUUUCCGUCCAGUCUCUUUUAUUUAGGGUUGUCCCUGGUUACACAACACUGCAUACACUAAAGGAUGGGGGAAACUAUCUGCAGCAGCGGAAGCACUCUCAUAAAACAUAAUAAUGAACAACAGAAAAUAUGUGAGGGUCAAGGCGACAUUGUUGACAUUAAACGAGCUCCCUCUGAUAGAAGCGGAUCCUCCUUAUUACUUUCCACGAUUUACAGUGGAGGUUACAACACACACAUACCUGCUGAUAGAAGAAACAAGGUCAGAGAAGUUAGGAAACACUCAUAUGUGAUGUGUAACAAGAGGUUAAAACAGUUCAUAGUUGUAGCAAACUCUUAAAUAAGAAUUUGAGUAAAGAUGAUAACUUCUAUAUACAUUAAUACACAUUAUUCUGACACCAACAUUUAUCCAACAUUCAUCAAACAUUUAUCCAACAUUUAUCCAGCAUUCAUCCAGAACUUAACCAAAAUUUAUCUAACAUUCAUCAAUAUUUAUCCAACAUUUAUUUAAUAUUUGACCAACAUUCAUCCAACAUUUAUCCAACAUCUAACCAACAUUUAUCCAACAUCUAACCAAAAUUUAUCCAAUAUUCAUCAAUAUUUAUCCAACAUUUGACCAACACUAGUCUGACAUUCAUCCAAUAGUCAUCCAACAUUUGACCAAAAUUUAUCCAACAUCUAUCAAACAUUCAUCCAACAUUUAUCCAACAUUCAUUUAACAUUUAUUUAACAUUUGACCCACAGCUAACCAACAUUCAUCCAGACAUUCUCUGACAGCCUGAACCAGCCUAAAUCAGACUAAAACAGACUCUAACAGCCCUCUAAUCAGAACGGAAAUCUGAGACACAACUCCUCAACCACUCACACACUGUGUGUGUGUGUGUGUGUGUGUGUGUGUGUGUGUGUGUGUGUGUGUGUGUGUGUGUGUGUGUGUGGCAACUACGUGACAGUUGAAGUCCUGAUGUCCCCACCUGAGUUCAUGACUGAGAUAAAAUCAAAAUAAACACAUUUUGGAUUUGAAAUAAAAACUAGAGUCGAUUCAAAAACACUGUAGAGCUGAAACUUUUCAGUGUGUUUGCUGAAGUCACUCAGAUCUCAGUGAUCCUCCUCAGAAAGCUCUCAGCCGUCAUCUUCACUCUCACUCCUUAUGAUGUUCCUGUGAGGACGGUAAUGAGGUCUGACAUUAAAGGGGACCUGCCAUAAAAAUGUAAUUUUUGGGGGUUUUUGUGUCAUAUAAGGUCCAUAUUAUGUUCGUCUUAUGUUGUACAUGUGAAAACAAACCGUUACGUCGUUUGCAUUCUGUAAAGGUUUAAAAUCAAGGAACGAGUAAACCAGGCCAAUUGAAAAAGCCCAUCGGUGUUACGUUGCGCCGACCUUGCUCAUUAUUAUUCACGAGCGCGUCCUCGGUGAGCCGCGCCCACUCUCUCGUUCUCGUACUCAGUCACAGCCGGAGCGAGACCCAGCUACCGCUGUAUCCGCUAUGGGUCUCUUCCAAACGAUCGGUGUUUCCUUCGGUUCACUGCCGGGAAAAUGAACUUAAAGCCGGGCAGAAUGAAUGAGAAAACACCGCUGGAGAUCUCCGGCUUCUUCCUCAACUUCCACCUCCUCUUCGGACUCGGGGUCUAAAAUAUAUGGUUUAAUACCUGCCGUUUUUAGCCUUUAGCAUAAGGUGACCAGACGUCCCCGAUUUCCGGGGACAGUCCCCGUAUUGGAUGAUCUGUCCCCGGCAAAAGCUGUCCCCGAAAAUGUCCCCGAUUUAAGCGUUUCAUUAAUGAGAGCAAAAAUGUUGCAUGUGGGCUCGAACAACGGUUAUUACAGUAGCCGAAUUUAGUUAGCAGUCCUGAACAACAGUUCUUACGGGGGUUAUUACAAGGGGCAUGCGCUGCUACUAAAUAGUACGGAGAAUUUAUCUGUGAUCACACAGCCCCUGCAGCCCCAGCACCACCGCCGCCGCCGCACCGAAUAUCCCCGGAUAUCAUUACAGACAUCUGGGCACCUUACUUUAGCACACAUUAGCAUAUGCUAUUAGCAUUAGCAUAAUAACAGUGGAUAAACCGAAAUCCGAACCUCCACUGCUGAGCUAAUCAGAGCACAGCAGGCUUCACAGCAGCGAUCCAAUCAGAGCAAAGCUCAUUACCAUAAAUGUUAAUGAGCCAAAACCAGUUGGUUUUCCUGUAAGGUUUUUUAGGCAUACUAAAACAAACCAUCAAAUAACUUUUCAGCUAAAAUUAUGUUGCAAACAUGAUUAGAGGACAUCAAGGAUUAUGAAAAAUUGAUAAAAAUGGGUAUGAAAUUUUGGUGGCAGGUCCCCUUUAAUACAGUUAUAAAGUACCUGAACAUCAGAUGAUGAGAGUUCCUCCUGGACAUGAAAGUUAAAUCUAAUUAAAUAUUCUGAUUAUUUUACAUAAUCAUUUUAGAGUUAUAUAAAUGUCAGACUGGCUGCAAACACAAACACAUGGUGGGUUUAUGUAAACGGAGGAUAAAUGUUGGUUUCCUGAGGACUGAUCUGUCCGAGUGCCUACGUGCUGCUGACGGCGUCUGAACUGAUGCUGCAGAGAUAACACACACACACACACACACACACACAAACCCUGAAAUAAGGAGCAUGGAGCAGACAGUAAUACGAUAUUCAAACAAAACUUCCUCUCUUUGCUUCACAGCACCAGUGUGUUUUAGAGAUGAUAGAGAUGAGGACAAAAAGACAAAAAGAGAAGGAAGACCUGAAGUGAGGUCUCCUCUGUGUCUGAAGAAACUGCUUUAAGGUGGAUUACAGGGGAAACAGCCAUGAUAACAGAGAGGCAACAGCCAUGAUAAUAUUCUCAUCAUUACUUUAAUUCUUUCUUAAAAAUUUAUUCUCAUAAUGACUUUAUUCUUAUCAUAACAUUAUUCUCUUUAUGACUUUAAUCUCAUCAAAACUCUCUAAUUAUGACUUCAUUUUCAUUAAAGCAUUAUUCUCAAUAUAACUAUAUUCUCAUCAUCUAUUUUUUUCAUUAAAACCAAGUUUUCAUAAAAAUGUUUUUCUAAUUAUGACUUCAGUCUUGUUAAAACUCAUAUAACUCUAUUUUCAUUGAAGCAUUAUUCUCAUUAUAACUUUACUCUCAUUAACACUCUAUUCUCAUUUUCUUAUUACAACAUGAUUCUCAUAAAACAUUAACUUUAUUCUCAUCAAAACAUAAUUCUCAUCAUGAUUUUAUUUUCAUCAAAACUCUCUAAUUAUGACUAACACCUCAUUAAAGCAUUCUUCUCAAUAUAACUUUAUUCCUAUCAUCUUUUAUUCUCAUAAAAAUGUUUUUCUAAUGAUGACUCCAUCCUUUUAAAACUCUCUUAUAAAACUUUAUUCUCAUUGAAGCGUUAUUCUAACAACUUUAUUCUCAUUAACACUCUAUUCUUAUCAUGCCUUUAAUCUCCUCAAAGCUCCCUAAUUAUGACUUCAUUCUCAUUAUAGCAUUAUUCCCAAUUCCAUGUUAUUCUCAUCAUCUCUGUUUUCUUAUUAAACCCCCAUUUUCAUGAAAAUAUUCUCAUUAUGAUUUAAUUCUUGUUAAAACAUAUAACUUUCUUCUCAUUAACGCAUUAUUCUCAUUUUAAAUUUUCUCCUUAACACUCUAUUCUCAAUAUGACUUUAUCCUCAUUUUCUUAUUAAAACAUUAUUCUCAUAAGACACUAACUUUAUUCUCAUCAAAACAUAACUCUCAUUAUAACUUUAUUCUCAUCAAAUCUCUCUAAUUAUGACUUACUCCUCAUUAAAGCAUUCUUCUCAAUAUAACUUUAUUCUUAUCAUCUUUUUUUCAUGAAACUGUUACUAUAAUUAUGACUUCAUUCUUGUUAAAACUCUCUUAUAUAACUAUAUUCUCAUUGAAGUGUUAUUCUCAUGAUAACUUUAUUCUCAUCAACACUCUAUUCUUAUCAUACCUUUAAUCUCAUCAAAAUUCUCUAAUUAUGAUUUUAUUCUCAUUAAAGCAUAAUUCUCAAUAUGGCUUUAUUCUCAUCAUCUAUUUCUCUCAUAAUAACCUAAUUGUCAUUGAAAUGUUUUUGUAAUUAUGACUUCCAUCUUGAGUGAAACUCAUAUAACACUAUUCUUAUUAAAGCAUUAUUCUCAUUAUAACUUUACUCUCCUUAACACUCUAUUCUCAUUAUCUCAUUAAAACAUUAUUCUCAUAAAACAUUAACUUUAUUCUCAUCAAAACAUAAUUCUCAUUAUGACUUUAUUCUCAUUAUCUUAUUAAAACAUUAUUCUCAUAAAAUAUUAACUUUAUUCUCAUCAAAACAUAACUCUCAUUGUGUCUUUAUUCUCAUCAAAUCUCUUUAAUUAUGGCUUACUCCUCAUUAAGGCAUUCUUCUCAAUUUAACUUUAUUCUAAUCUUUUUUUUCAUGAAAAUGUUAUUUUAAUUAUGACUUCAUUCUGAUUAAAAUCUCUUAAAAAACGAUAUUCUCGUUGAAGCGUUAUUUUCAUGAUAACUAUUCUCAUUCACACUCUAUUCUUAUGUUUUUAAUUUACACAAAACUCCCUCAUUAUGACUUCAUUCUUAUUGAAGCAUUAUUCUAAAUUCCACUUUAUUCUCGUCAUCUAUUUUUCUUAUUAAAACCUCAUUUUCAUGAAAAUGAUAUUUUAAUUAUGGCCUCAUUCUCGUUCAAACUCUCUUGUAUAACUGUAUUCUCAUAAAAACGUUAUUCUCAUAAUGACUUUUUUAUCAUAAUAAUCAAAUUUAUAACAAAUAACUGUCAUGUUUUUUUGUUACAUUAACCCUUUUUUUAACAACAUAGUGAGCCCAUUGAAUAACAGAUUAUCAUCCUGAUAUUAUGAUUUUAAUCUCAUAACAUGACGGCUUCACUCUGCUGACUAAAAUAUCUCUGUGGAUUUUUGAUUCACUGAGUUCAAGAGUAGACAAAGGACAGGAAAAGGUCAAAGGUUACAACGACAAAUUCAAAGCUACACCUACAACUACAACUAAAACUACAUCUACACAACUACACCCACAUUUACACUACAACAACACCUACAACUACAACUAAAACUUCACCUUCAACUACACUUACACAACUACACUUACACAACAACACAACUACACUUGCAUCUACACUUACAUUUACACUACAACACCUACAACUACAACGAAACUACAACUACAACUAAAACUACACCUUCAACUACACAACAACUACACUUACACAACUACUACAACACCUACACAACAACAACUACACUUACACAACAACAACUACAACACAACUACGACACAACUACACCUACACAACAACAACACAACUACACCUGCACCUCCACCAUCUCCAUUCCAGCUCAAAGACGGUCAGACUGAGGGACUGAAGGUUCCCUCUAACAGACUUCUUUGGUGUAUUGAUCUCAGUAUUGAUUAUUGAUCAGAGUGGUGUGUUGACCUCACCUGCUGAUUGUUGAUCAGCUGCACUCAGGAGCUCCAUGAUCCAGGUGUGCUGCGUCUUUGGUCACCGAGGGUCAAAACACGUGAGGGGGGAAAUCCCCUCAUGGAGGCGAGAUGGUGACGGUUAAAGUCGUCUGAGGGAAACCGCCAUUUUGAAGAUGACGGCCAUUAAAGCCAAAUCUCAUACCAUCUUUCCUCCAUUGUUAUUUCAGAGCAGUUUUUAGACGUGAACUUUCUUUGAACGGAGAAGCGGGAAGCUUCUACCUUAACGCACUCUCGUUACUGCAGAGUCAAUAAGCUGCCUCGUUAGGCCUUUUGGUCUGUAAAUGUGUUGGCACUGGUCCUGCUGGUCUGGGUUCAGACCCUCACGUGUUUUUGAGGCUGUUUGUUCCCAGUUAGGGGGUUCAGAGGUCACAUCCCGCCAUCUGUGUGUGACCCAAGGAGACCGAGAGAGAGAGCCGCAGCAGGAACCAGAACUCUGUCAGAGGAGACGCAUGAGUGGGUGAUUUUCUCACAGACCGACCCGACUAAGUAUGAACUCUGAAGUUGAUCAUUGAGUUUUUCAGUAUCACAGCGAAUCCCAGUCAAAUGUUUAGAUUCUGGGUCCACAGAACCGGACAGACUUCGGCCUGAUUCAGAUCCAGUCAGAACAUUUUCAGCAUCAGCACCGACUUCCUGCAGUCUGACCAGUAUUUACACUAAAUUAAAACAAAACGUGUUAAUCUGCCAAACGAAGAACAUGAAGCUCGCGUUUGGGUGAUUUUUAAAAAUAUUUUGAAGAAGAAUCAUUCAAAAUAAAUCAUAAUAAAUCAGUUUAAACAAGUUUAAACUUGACUUUACCUUAAGGUGACCAGAUUCCUGUCAUGAAAUCCGGGGACAUUCGGUGUGGGGGUGGGAAAUGGGGUGCAUGGGCUGCGUGAUCAUAGACAACAUCUCUGUACUAUUUAGUAGCAGCGCACGCCCCUUGUAUUAACCCCUGUAAAAACUGUUGUUCAGGACUGCUUACUUGUGCUUCCUACCCAUUCGACUACUGUAAUAACCACUGUUCUAGCCUACACGCAACAUUUUUGUUCUCAUUCAUGAACGCUUGAAUCUGAGACAUUUUUGGGGACAGCUUUUGCCGGGGAGAGGUCAUCCAAUUCGGGGACUGUCCCCGGAAAUCGGGGACGUCUGGUCACCUUACUUUACCUGUUCACUAAUCAAUAACUGUCAGAGAUCAGAAUCAACAAAACUGGAGCACUCGGAGACAGGAACACAGGGACUAAAUACACAACAGGUAACGAGCAAUGAGAGACAGGUGAGACAAGGAGACACAGGUGAGACAAUCACCAGGGGGGGACAACAGGAAGUCAAACUAGAUCAGACACAGGAGGAGGAAGUCCAAAAUCAAUCAGGAAACACAAAAUCAGGAAGAAACCAAAACACAGGAAUAAAUUAUGACACAUCUAGGAGGAACAUUUCUAUAUCAGCCCCCAUAUAUUCUAAAGGGGGGGCAUCUUUACAUGACAUCUUCAGGAAGGAGACCAGAGAGAACAUUUGAUGAGGAGCAUGAAGAGGUUACUCCAGGUCAUCUUUCCAGACAUGAGGACACCAGGAGAAUUGAUCCACCCCGGUCACUGACCCUGAAUCAGACCUCUGCCCUGGUCUCUGUCCUGGUCUCUGUCCCUCUUUGUCCUCACGUGUCUCAGUCUGCUGGUUUCAGUCCAGAUCUCGUUUAUUCUGUUUGUCUGCUGGGAAACUGUAAAAGCUGCCAGAUCGAAGUUUACUGUUCCACAUCCAGACUGAAGAGUUUUCACACGUUAACAUGAAAUCCUCUGAAACCUGCCUGUAAAUAUACACACAUAUAUAUACAUAUUUAUAUAUAUACAGUAUCUAUACAGUAAAUAUAUGUAUAUAAUUUCAGGCCUGUGUCUGUGAGGAGUAUAGACACACAAACUCCGUUUCUGAACUAGUUUAACAGUUUUUGUUUUUUUGUUUUUUUCCCUACAGUUGGGUUUGGGUCGGGUCCUGGAGCUGGUGGAUGAUUUGCUUCGGUACCUGCAGAGCCUGCUUGUGGCUCUGGUGUACCGUGCCGAGAGCCUGAGGGAGCUCACAUUGAGCGGGGUCAAAGGUCAGGCCAUAAUGCUGGCUGAGCUACGUCCCAUUCGUCAGAUCAGAGAGCUGCCAGUUCAGGUCCAGCAGCUACUGGGAGACCUUCAGGAACUCGCCAAAAUCCUCCUGCAGCUGGUGAUCAACGCCACACCACUCUACAACCUGGUGAGCACCUGACAACAGUCAACGCAGCGGAAACACGCCAAAAACACGACUGAAACACACCUGAAACCCAACAGAAACACACCUGAAACGUGCCUGUAACACAACAGAAACAUGCCUGAAAGACAACAGAAACACGCCUGAAACACACUUGAAACUUGCCUGAAACACACCUGAAACACACAUACAAGUGUAGCUGAAAAUAACACUGACACAGCCUUUUUUCCGACCAUAGUGUAGAAAACUGAAUCAUCUGCAGUUCCUCGAUCCUCUCUGGAGUAUUUGUGCUUCCUGUUGCAGACUGUGUGUUAAAAUGUUCAACAUUUUUUGAAGCUUCUGUAAAUAAGAAUGGAGAUCUUGAAGACUUAAAAACAGGCAACUGGACUGUAUAGAGUUGAGAAGACGUUUCGCCUCUUAUCCAAGAAGCUUCUUCAGUUCUAAAAUUGCUAGUGUGAGGAGCAGAUAUUUAGAACUGGAGAAGGGGACAGACAACGACUGAGAGGAGUUGGAAAGAAUUGGUCGUAGAAACCCAUCUAUGGGUGUGUUCCCCCCCCCCCGUCAUGUGACAACAUGACUCAUGCCACCAGGGUCAUGUGGUUCCAGGUGUGGAUGUUUGUGGAGCUUCCUGGGGAGAGAGCUGAGAACUGCAUUGUAAGUGCCAGAGAGAUUGUGCCUGAGUCUACCCCCUCUGUUCAGAGAAGGUUUCUCCAGCCUGGUAAAGAUGGCUUCUUUAACUCCUCUUUCAAACCAUCUGUCUUCUCGAGCCAACACCUGUACCUUGCUUUCCUCGAAAGAGUGACCCGUAUCCUUCAAGUGAAGGUGGACAGCUGAGUCCUGACCUGAGGAAGUGGCUCUCCUGUGUUGAGCCAUGCGCUUGUGAAGCGGUUGUUUAGUUUCCCCAAUGUACAGGUCUGAGCAUUCCUCGCUGCACUGGACAGCAUACACCACUUUAUUCUGUUUAUGUCUCGGUGUUUUAUCCUUGGGAUGGACUAGCUUCUGCCUUAGUGUGUUACCAGGCUUGAAAUGAACAGGAAUAUGGUGAAAAACUCAAGAUCCUCUUGAGUUUUUCCGACAGGCCUGCAACGUAAGGGAUUACAGUGCUCUUGCGUCUCUCCUCCCUUUCAGUGUUAUUUCUCUUUUUGUUCUUCACAAAGGCCCACUUAGGGUAUCCAAAGGUUGUCAGGGCAUUUUUGAUGAGCUUCUGUUCCUUUUUUUUACCUUCUUUCUACGUGGGAAUGUUCUCAGCCCGCAGGUUGAGUGUUCUGAUAACACCCAGUUUGUGCUGCAGAAGAUAGUGGGAAUCAAAAAUGAAAUAUUGAUCUGUGUGUGUGGGUUUCCUGUACACUUCAACAUUGAGACACCCAUCUGCCUCCAAGUGUACAGCACAGUCCAAAAAGGCCAACACAUUGUCCUUGACAUCUUCAUGGGUGAACUUGAUGUUGCUGUCCACUGUGUUGAUAUGGUCAGUGAAGGCCUCUACUUCAUGUGUUUUGAUCUUAACCCAGGUGUCAUCCACAUAUCUGAUGAUAUCUGAUUCCUCUCUACCUCUUCCAUGUACAGGUUUGCCACUAUUGGAGAAACCGGGGAGCCCAUAGCGCAUCCAUGCUUCUGUCUGUAAUGGCGCUCUCUGAACUGGAAAUAGGUGGUGCUGAGGCAGAUGUCCAAUAAGGAGCAGAUGUGGUCGGGGGUUAAGUUGGUUCUGACUUCCAGUGUGCUGUCCUGUAAGAGGCGUUGUCUUACUGCUUGGACUGCCUCUGUUGUCAGAAUACUCAUGAAAAGUGAUGUGACAUCAUAGGAAACCAUGGUUUCAUCUGGGUCCAGCCCAAUGUCCUUGAUUUUCUCGGCAAAGUCCUGUGAGUUUUUGACGUGGUGAGUGGUGUGGCCGACAAGAGGAGCUAGGAUGGUGGCCAAAUGUUUUGCCACUUUGUAUGUGACUGAGUUAAUUUUAGAACUGAAGAAGCUUCUUGGAUGAGAGGCGAAACGUCUUCUCAACUCUAUACAGUCCAGUUGCCUGUCUUCAAGAUAACCAUGACCUGGAUGAAUGAGAAUCUACAUGGACAUAUAAGAAUGGAGAUCCUUUCUUUCGGUUUUAUAAGGUUUGUGUUGUAAUUAGUGAAGUCAUGUAAGGUCAUAUCCACAUUUUGAUCUUCCUUUUAAUGAUGAAGAUAAUUUAAUUUUAUGGUCCUUUACAUGCCAAGUCACUGACCAGGUGAUCCCCAGACAGCCCUGAUUUUACAUUUUUGGGCUUUAGAUUUAUGAAUAAAAACUCACAAGUUAAACCUUUGUUUGUUUAUUUUAGCUGCAGCAGCCAUCGGCUCAAGAGGUUGAGGAGUUCCUGAACCGGGAGGAAUUUACUGCCGCCAGUUCGUCUCGUCGCAGCUCUGCUAACAGCCUCUUUCUCAAAGCAAUGGAUGGUCGUCCUCGCCGUCGGCGUAGUCUAUACUCUCGUGCCGCCCGGACACCUGGAAGUCCCCAGAGCCCUGAUCCCCCUAAUGGCCGCCGCUCCAGCCUGAAGGACACCCCUGCCGUAGAGAUGGAUGGUCUGUCCGUCCCCACGGAAAGUUUCGCCCAUCGCCGUCCGUCGGCUACUGAGCUGCUCCUCACUCCGCUCAAACAGUUCGUCACCCAGAGCCAGAAAGCCUUCGAGUACCUGAGCCCCAACUCCACUGACAACGCUGCCAACACCACGGCAACAGACGACUAA